AUGCUGCUCCCCAGCCUGCUGAGAGUAGUCAUAGCCUCCAUCUGCCUUGGAUCCAGCAUGACACAGAAGGUAACUCAAGCCCAGCCUGCCAUUUCUAUGCUGGAGAAUGAGGCUGUGACCUUGGAUUGUGUAUACGAAGUUAGUGGUUCUAGUUAUUAUUUAUUCUGGUACAAACAACCACCAAGUGGGGAAAUGAUUUUCCUUAUUCAUCAGGAGUCAUACAGGGAGCAGAAUGCAACAGAGGGUCGGUAUUCUCUGAACUUCCAGAAAUCAGACCGUUCCAUCAGCCUCAUGAUCACGGCAUUACAACCUGUGGACUCAGCAGUGUACUUCUGUGCUCUGAGAGGCAAUAACAAUGCCGGAAUCUUCUUUGGAACGGGAACCCAGCUGGUGGUAAAGCCCAAUAUCAAGGUCCCUGACCCUGCUGUGUACCAGCUGAGAGGCCCUAAGUCCAGUAAUAUCUCAGUCUGCCUGUUCACCGAUUUUGAUUCUGAAACCAAUGUGCAACAACCGCAGGGGCCCACGGUGAUCGGCUUGAACAGUACGGUGCUGGACAUGAAGGUGAUGAAUUCCAAGAGCAAUGGGGCCCUGGCCUGGGGCAGCACCGAUUUGAAAUGUAAUGGUACCUUCAACGAGGAAUUCUACUCCAGCUCCGACUUUUCCUGUAAUGCCACUUUGAUAGAGAAAAGCUUUGAAACAGAUAUGAACCUAAACUUCCACAACCUGCUAGUGAUCGGGCUGCGCAUCCUCCUCCUGAAAGUGGCCGGGUUUAACCUGCUCAUGACACUGCGGCUAUGGUCCCGCUGAGGUCACCAAGACCGUGAGAGAGCCCGGCACCCCCUCGCUCCCGACUCCCCACCCUCCCCCCCCCCUUCAAGCAGAGAGGCAGACUCUCUGCCCCCGUGGACAAGAAGGCUCCCUCUGACUCUCUGGCCCCACUGGCAAUGGCCAUCAACCGGCUCCCACCCGAUAGUCAUGAUCAAGAUGCUGAAGAGCUGCCGAACACUGCCUCCACGCCCUCGGUUCCCACACUGCUGCUUGUCACAGGCCGGACGCUCCGGCAAAGGCAGGGGGCUGCUAUGGAGAGACGCGCUGCCCUCCCCCCCCCCCGAGAUCAACUCUUAUGUCCCCGGGGUGAGGCAUCCCCGGUGGGUCCUCUUGGCCUCUAGCUCCCAGAGAACGCUGUGAGGAGUUUAUAUUUUUUAAAUAGUGUUCAUCAGGAAAUAUGUAUCACCCUUUUUCCCCAAGAUGUGGGGGAAACUAUUGUAGAGGCCCUGCUGUGCUGUGUGUCUGAGCCACGUUGUAUAUUCUGCUACCCAUGGCUUCAUUAAAGGCAAUAUGAAUGAG